UUAGACUACAGCAGCUUCUCAAGAAACUGAACUCGAUACUGUACUGUACUGUACACACACACACACACACACACUGCAACUGAAGAGCAACAAGGCAUUUCAGUUCAGCAGCAGCGGGUGUUUUCCACAUGAACACUAAACGGCAGACGGCAGGUGCCGGACGCCAAAGUGUGUCGCGUGUUUAGGACAAUUGUGGACUACCGGCGACUCCUCUGGUUUCUCCCUUUGGUUAGUUUCAGUCAUAAAUCGGUUGUGUGAAGAAUAUGAAGAUGUCUCCCCCAGACCGGAGGAAAUACGCGCGCGAGCUGGCGCUGGAGAUCGCCGUCAGACUCCUGCUCUUCGGAGUUUUCGUGUUCACAGAGUUCCUGGAGCCUUUUGAAAGAGUUAUCCAACCUGAAGAACUAUGGCUUUACAAGAACCCUCUGGUGGAAUCAGACCACAUCCCGAAGAGAGUCAUGUUUGCAAUUUCAUUCCUCACCCCGUUGGCCGUGAUAUUUGUGGUGAAGAUUAUACAGAGGACAGACAAGACGGAAAUUAAAGAGGCUUGUUUAGCGGUAUCUCUCGCACUAGCUUUGAACGGCGUCUUCACAAAUACCAUCAAGUUGAUAGUUGGCAGGCCAAGGCCAGACUACUUCCACCGCUGUUUCCCUGAUGGCCAAAUGAAUGCCAAGAUGCUGUGUACUGGAGAGCCAGACCUUGUGUCUGAGGGUCGGAAGAGUUUUCCCAGCAGCCAUUCCUCCUUUGCUUUCUCUGGCCUGGGCUUUACCUCAUUUUACUUGGCGGGGAAGUUGCAGUGCUUCACAGAUGCUGGACGCGGGCGCAGCUGGCGUCUCUGUGCCAUGGUCCUGCCCCUCUACAGUGCCAUGAUGAUCGCGCUGUCCCGCACCUGCGAUUACAAGCAUCACUGGCAAGAUGCAUUUGUUGGGGGAGUGAUCGGCCUCUUCUUUGCCUACGUCUGUUAUCGGCAGCACUACCCACCCUUCCUCCACACAGACUGCCACCUGCCAUACGCUAGUCUGGCUGUAGCGACCGCCCACAACGUCCCAACCUCCCAGGAUCAACCUCUGGCCACUGAUAAUGCCACCAGCCUGCCUCUGGAGGGCAUGACCGAGGGACCAGUAUGACUAAUAGAGACUCAAUCCUCUGACCCCCCACCACACCGACGUGGGAUGCUGGAGUCUAUCCCAUGCACCACAGGCAGGGAAACACCAUGGACAGAUGGCCAGUUCAUCACAGGGCACACACACACACACUUUGGGUUGUUGUGGGGGAAAGAAGAGCACCCGAAUAUAACCCACACAGACCCAGGUAGAACAUUAUCUCCCUUUUUAUACUUUCUCUCACAUUUUCUCUCACUCAUCCUUCAUUCAGAUUAUCGUGAACUGACAUUUAAUAUCCUUGGGAUGAUUAGAAACGUGAUUACAAGGAGGUAAUGUGAUAACAUAGUGAGAAAAUGAAGCACUGCUGUAAUCACCACAGCAAUCUACCAAAAUAACCAGUAGCUCACAGUAAUUGUUCCCAUGGCUAAUUAAUUCAUCAUCACCACCAGUAUUAUUGGAUUAUAAAUUUGAUUUAUUAUCCAUUUUAAGGAAUAGUUCACCCACAAAUCAAAAUUAUAUCAUCUCAUCCUAACCCAUGAAUAAAACUACAAAAGCCCAUAUAAGUUCCUUUCCAUUCAUCAACACGUCAUAUUUAAUACAGCAUCCUUAUGCCAAAAAGGUAAUAAGCAACAAACAAUUAUAUUUUUGGUCUUUCGCUUGAAUGAAUCUUUCCAUUUUGAGGUCCAUAAAAAAGUUUUAAACAACAGACAUAAGAAUGAGUAGAAAAAAUCACAGAAUAGUAAUUUCCGAACUAUUCCUUGAGGUCAAUAAAAAUGAAAACCAAAUAUUUUAAAGGUUACUUCACUGCUGGAAAAAUGGGCUUUCAAUAAAUCAAGUCUGCCUAUGAAGUAGAAAGGCUUAAACAGUUUUAAAAAAAAAAUGGUGCUACCUGAUUAGAGAAAACAAAGACAAAAUGCUGUUGUCUUCCCAUUUGCUAAAUUGGUCGGAAAACUUCAGCACCCAUAAUGCACUGGGCAUGUUGCCGUUCAAGGCCAAUCCCACCAGUCUGCUAUUGAAACGCUUAGCCAGAGUCUAAACCUAACCUUAUCUCCCACCCUGCUUUAGUAGGAAACACCUCUUAGCAAAUUUUUAGUCAUAGCGGUGUCGACUUGUUUUGUUCCCGGUUGCAAGAACUCAAAGAGUAAUUGUUUAGCGGGAGUGCAUACCGGAAAGAAAGUUUGUGUUCCAUUUUUACCAUAGUGCUGUUUAAAGAGUAGACAUAGUACAAUACAUCUUUCAGUGAUGAACUCUUAUAAUAACUGUUUUGUUAAAGGUGCAUUGUGCAACAUUUCAUGUUAAAAAUACCCGUUUUUCGCGUGCUUGAAGAAGUAGUUCAC